AUCCCCUUGCGAUCGGCGCUCCGUUUCCUCUCCCGCCCGGGUGGGUCGGAGCAAGGGAGUUGCGCCGCCGCCGACUCGUGCCGCUGCCUUUGGCUACGCGGUGCGCGCCGGGCUGCCGCCGCCAUGCCGAUGAAAGGCCGCUUCCCCAUCCGCAGGACGCUGCAGUACCUGAGCCAGGGCGACAUCAUCUUCAAGGACGCCGUGAAGGUGAUGACGGUGAACUACAACACGAGGGGGCCUCUCAGCGAAGGAGCCAGAAAAUUUGUGUUCUUCAACAUACCUCAGAUUCAGUACAAAAACCCUUGGCUUCAGAUUGUGAUGUUUAAGAACAUGACACCAUCGCCAUUCUUAAAAUUCUAUUUAGAUAGUGGAGAGCAAGUCCUGGUUGAUGUGGAAGAGAAGACUAACAAAGAGAUCGCAGAACAUGUUAAGAAAGUUCUUGGUAAAAGCGAGCAAACACUGCAGGGAGAAGCACAAGAGAAAAUGAAGUUACGCCAUCCCGCAACGUUUGGCCCCAAAAAGUACCACUUGCGGGAAUGCAUGUGUGAAAUUGAAGGCCAAAUUCCCUGCCCUGGUAAAGUGCCAUUACCAAAGGAGAUGACUGGGAAAUAUAGAACUGCCAUGAAAGAGAGUGCUGCUUCCUAAGCCAGCUUUCUACAGCAGGGAGUAAAAGCAUUCAGACUGACAAGAAAGUGGGCAUCUUAACACUGAUGACAACACAUUGGUCUUUUUACAAACCACCAUUUAAGUAACAGAAAAAUAUCUGGACUUACUUAAAACAAGUAAGGAUGAAUCUUUUAAAUAAAUUCUGGAAUUGUUCUUGUGAUGGACUGGAUUGUGAAUAUACAUGUUUGCCAUUUGUUUUUAAAUCAAAGGAGAACACAUCUUGGUCGAA